CAAACCCAUCGGCCCGAAACACCUCCCCAGCGAAACUGACAUCACCAAAUAAAGCAUACAGUAUAUACCCCUCGUCUCGUAGCGCAAUAAAAACGAUCUAGAUAAACUCCCCCAUUCCCAAUAACGUUACACCCCAAUACCCUCUAACUAACCACCCACCAAACAAGAAAAGAGAAGAAAGAGCAGUCAACCAAAAUGUCCUACAACCUCACCUCCAACCCAACCCUCACCCCACCCAACGGCGACUCCAUGAUAACCUUCAUGGAUUCGUUCUACGCAACGAGCGACACUGAAUCCCUCCACGAGAAAUAUGUCGAGAGUUUUACCCCCGAUGCAACGCUAAUCAUGGGUUCGAAGGUCGCGAAUGGGGAGAAAGAAAUCCUCAAUCUCCGACAUGGUCUCUGGACGCAUGUGAAGUCCAGGAAGCAUUUCCCGAAGAAGGUUUAUUUCGGCGGUGAGCGGGAGUUGAUGCUCUAUGGGACGGUUAGGUAUGUGCUCAAGGCGGAUCCGGAGAAUGAGGUUGAGGUGCCGUGGGCUGGACGGGUGGUUUUUCAUGAGAAGGAGUUGAAGAUGCGGUUUUAUCAGGUUUAUUUGGAUCCUACGGCGCAGUCGGGGAAGAAAUAAUGUGUAGAUAUAAGAUAGAGGAGGCUUGAUUGAUACAAUUGUACAUACAUUCUAC